AUUCUAGACUACAAUACACUUACAUGGUUUCUAGGAUAUUUCCAUGGUCUCCAUCUUUUUCUUAAAUAUAUAUUUUUUAAUCAGUACCUAGUACUUACCCUGUAGAAGAUAUAAGGAGAGGGGAGGUAAUGGUCAAAAGAUUUGAAGUCGAGACCUCAGCUUCACCAACUAUUUUAGGCAUAUUUAAUUCUUAAUCAUUAAUCCACCACUCUUCCAUGGAGUCAUAGACCCGCAUCUUCCACCUUUACCGACUGCGCUGGGUAGUUAGACACGAGAGUAACUGCCCUGUUCUUAUAUAGGAGCAGUAGAGCAUUACCAAUAUAUCUUUUUAUCCUACUCUGUUAGGUGGAUAUCGAACCAGUAAUCAAGACUAUGGAGAGUCAUCCGGCUGUUCGGCACAUCUCAAGAAGCUCCAUCAAACCUGACUGCGUUUCAGACCAAUCAAACCAGCUUUUCCACUUGAGCGCAUGGGAUCUCGCCAUGGUUUCCGCCUACCACAUCCAGAAGGGUCUUCUCUUUUCCAAACCUCUCCCAACCAAAGACCCUUCUUCCAUUACCAUCAUCGAUUACCUUAAGGAUUCCCUUUCCCGUACCCUUGUCCAUUUCCUUCCCCUGGCCGGCCACUUCGUCACCCAUAAACAAGACGACCCACAAUCUUACUCUAUUUCUCUGGAUUCUAACAACAACCCAGGAGUGGAUUUUGUUCAUGCUGUCGCAGAUGUGUCCAUGGCAGAUAUCCUUUCCACCAUCGACGUUCACCCCAUCCUUCAAUCAUUCUUUCUUCUAGACAAUGUUAUCAAUCACGAUGGCCACACCUUGCCUUUGCUGGCCGUGCAGGUGACUGAGUUACUAGAUGGAAUCUUCAUCGCAUGCUCCUUCAACCACGUCGUCGGUGAUGGCACUUCUUAUUGGCAUUUCUUCAAUGCUUGGGCUGAGAUAUGCAGGAUGAUGGUCAAUGGAAACCAUGAUUAUGAUAACAUCUCACGCCCACCAGUCCUCAAACGCUGGUUUCUCGAUGGCCAUGGUCCAAUCAACUUACCUUUCUCCCACCACGAUGAGUUCAUUGAUAGGCACCUUCCACCCGUAGUCCUCAGAGAGAGGUUCUUCCAUUUUUCGCCACAAUCCAUUGCGAAACUCAAAGCUAAGGCUAACGCCGAGUGUAACACCACCAUUAUAUCCUCCUUCCAGGCCUUGUCUGCACAUCUCUGGCGAUGCAUAACGCGGGCACGCCGUCAUCUACCCAGCCACCAGAAAACGAGUUGCAGGUUAGCCAUCAAUAAUAGAUCAAGACUGAACCCACCAUUAUCCCCGGACUACUUUGGAAACUGCAUUCAGACUGUGAGCGCAACAGUCACUGUUGAAGAACUACUCAGCCAUGGAAUUGGGUGGGCAGCCUGGUUGUUGCACGAGGCUGUGAUUGGUCAUAAUGACAGUAAAGUACGAGACUGGGUGGAGGGCUGGAUGAAGAGUCAUUUCAUUUACCAUGUUGGAAAUUUCUUCGAUCCUUGUAGUGUCAUGAUGGGGAGCUCACCUAGAUUCGACAUGUAUGGGUGCGACUUUGGGUGGGGAAAAGCAGAGGCUGUUCGAAGUGGGUCUGCACACAAGUUCGAUGGGAAAGUCUCUUCAUACCCCGGACGCCAAGGAAGAGGAAGUGUGGACUUGGAGGUGAGCCUUCCGCCAGAGUCUAUGAGUGCCCUAGAGUCCGACCCAGACUUUGUGGAUGCGAUGACGCUUUCCCACUAGCGCCAAAUGCUUUAAGUUUGCGGUGGUUUUCAUGUCAAUUUUAACAUUAUCUUUAUGCCAAUUGCUAAGAAACAACUUGCAAGUUGAGAAAAUAAAGCACCAUGUUGGGAAGCUUGUCAAUUGUAUUGACCAAAGAUUUUUUUUUUUUUUCCCAAUAGAAACAUUGACCAAAGAUCAAAUGGCUGGCUGUAUUCCAAGAGAUGAUAUGGUUAAAAAGAAAAGUAUUUCUCUUGCUUCCAA